AUGGCGAGGUUUUCUCUUCCAUCACCGGCUUUUGACUUCUUCCAGCCUCCUCCCAACCUCGACACAAAACCCAUGUUCGCCAGGGACGAGGAGAUGAGUGUACUGGACGACAAGAUCCUCGAUACCGGCGCUCAGGAUAUGUCGAUGGACAGCUCACGGCGGACCUCCUUUGAUCAAACCACCGAUGAGUUUUCACGGAGGGAGUCAGUAUGGUCGGAUAUGGCUCAACACCAAACCGACGCACAGUCACGGCACCCAUCACAACUAUCAACACCACUAUUUGAGCCUGUCAGCAAUCCUUUCGUGCGACUAGAUGCGCCCACAGGAGCCUUUUCCCAGCAACCACAUCCCCACCAGCACCACCAGCAACAGCCACAACAGAUUUGGCCAGUAUCUAAUGAUUCCGGCUCUUGUACCCCCACACCAAUCUACGAGAACUUCACCCAAGAGUUCGAUGGUUCAGUCGCCAACCCAUUUACCGGUGGCGCCGUUGGCCAGGUGCAGCCGAUGUCUUACCAGCAGAUGCAAUUCAGAGCCUCUCCACCCUUCGCUGCUCCUAAUUCUAUUCCCAUGUCCCCGCAAUCCAGUCAGGGCUGGGUAUCAGGCUCAUCCGAGGUGCCAGAAGUCCAGUCGCGACCAGUCAGGACCUCUGGUGGAUACCGAAACAGCGCAGCCAGUCUUACCAUCCGACGAGAUGGGAUACGCAAGAAGAAUGCGCGUUUCGAUAUCCCCGCUGAGCGGACGUUGAGUAACAUCGAUCUCCUGAUCAGCCAGUCGAAUGACGAGGAUGAGAUAAAGGAACUCAAGCAGCAGAAACGCCUUCUUAGAAACAGGCAGGCGGCCCUUGAUUCUCGCCAGCGAAAGAAAGUCCACACCGAACAGUUAGAGGAGGACAAACGACGGUCUUCCACUCACAUUAAUGAGCUUCAGGAGGCACUCCAGGAGAUGAAGCUUCGAGAGGCGGAACUCAUCAGGGAAAAGAACGAAAUGCUUGAGCGCCAGCAACAGUUGCACCAAUUUGUUGAACAGCUCCAUAUGGAAAAGGAAGAGUUGAUUCGCACUCACACCCUUGAGACUGGCGAGCUUCGCAAGAAGAACACUAUUCUUCGAGAACAUCUGGAGAGGAUGGAGCUCAACUCUAAUCCCUCAGACCCUGCCUCCACGAUUCGCAAUGACUUUUCCGACUAUGGUAGCCUCGGCGUGGACAACCCUUCUUGGGACUCGUUCUCCCUGUCUGAUGAGUUCAGUCUCGACACUGAACAGCGCCCGCAACCCCGCAGCCCUACUCCUACGCCUGCUCGCCAUCCAUUUACCCUAGACUUCAACUCCAAGAAGGCAGAGAAACAAGCAGAGAAGCCGAUGACCCAGACCGACUCUGCUUUCAGCUGGAAUGCAUUCUAUAUGUGCCUGCUGUUUGGCGCCUUUAUUGCCUCCAACAGCACUUCCACCUCGCAACCCGCCAUCCCCGCUCUAUCCGAAGAAUACCGCGCAGAGUCAGCAAAUGUCUUGCGUGCAGUCCUUGCCUCGGGCUCUCCUGAUGGAAGCUCGGCUAGCAUUGUUGGACCCUCGCCCAGCUCCGGUGCUCUGCUACCCACCACGAUUAGCAACAGUGAAAUGGCCCAGAUCACAUCCGGCCCUGCUGGUGGCACCGCCACAAAUCUUGAUGUCCUGCAUAACAACCUCGUUGCACCAUCUAAAGACCAAGAGGAUGCCCAGGCCUUUGCCAUGACUACCAAGCAAUACCAAGCACUUACUACUCUGGGCGAUGACGAUAUGGGCGAUGACCACGUUGCUCCUCCAUCAAACCUACAGCAAGCCUACGCAGCAAUGCGCAACCACGGACUCCAGAACCGUGCUGCUUUCAAGGGAAAUGGAAAUCCAGACAUCUACUCGCGAUCACUAAUGUGGGACCGUGUCCCUCAGAAGGUACUACAGGACUUCAACAACAUGGUAAGAGAAUGUGCUGGGAAGACCGUCAAGGCCGAGGAGCCUGGCAGGGAAUCCCUCACCUGUUGA